UGUUUGUGGGGUGGGGGGCGAACGUUGGGGGGGUCCCACAUUUGAUGUAGUAGGAAAGCUCCCUCUGUCCUUUGUCUGUGACGCAGAAAUGUAAAUAAAUCCUCUUUUAAGUUUCAAUAAACUUGACUCUUCUACCUCUGGUUGUCUGGGGGAGAGUGGUGUUCACCCUGUUCCCUUGUGGGAUUUCCUCCCCCCUCCCCCCAAAAAUCUAGGACACAGGUAGCAUCUUCAGGCAGUAAAAGGAAUCCCCUUCCUCUCGAAAGCCACGGGAAGAUUGUGAAGGCCACCUGGGCUUGGCAAGGCUGGCCUAACCCAAAUGAGGGAGCUGUGAGGGCGGCAGGUGCAGCCAAUGUGGGCCUUGGGUGGGAGGAGCCCGUUCUGUGCUCCCGUCAGAGAGUCCUAGACUUGGAAGGGAACCCUGAGGGUCAUCCAGCCCAACCCCCUGAAAUAACAAUGCAGGAAUUGCAGCUCAGCAAUCCCCGACCUCUGCUGAAAAACCUCCAAGGAAGGAGAGCCCACCUUCUUCUGAGGGAGUCUGUCCCACUCUCCUACCUUCAGAAAGUUCUUCCUAACAUCUACGUGGAGAAUCUCGCUGGUGUGGAGAUCGGUCCCUAGUUGGAAAACACUGCAAGGCCCCAAGUUCUUCAACUGCUGCUGUGUUGCAUAUUAAGUCCUUGCUUUUUCUGCAACCUGGCGCUUUCUUGGCACGCGAGUCCAGGGCGUGGGGGAUCCUUGCUCCCCGACCGGUUCUGCCAGCUUCCCGUGGGGCUCUCUGGUAGGUCUGGAUGUGGGCCUGCCCCUCUCUGCAAGCUGCAGCCUGCGCGUCCCGCAAAGAGGAAGCUGCACUGGACCCACCGGGAGGAAGCGGGAGCAGGUCGCCAUGCCUUCCAGGCUGAAGUUCUUCCGGGGACAGCGCUACCAGCACCUGAAGAAGCGCUGCCUGCAGCAGCAGAGCCUCUUUGAGGACCCCGAGUUCCCGGCCACAAACGCCUCCCUCUUCUACCGCAGAGAUCCCCUGGAGGGAGUCUCCUGGAAGCGCCCUGGGGAGCUGUGCGCUGACCCCCGGCUGUUUGUGGACGGCAUCAGCCCCAGAGACCUGCACCAGGGCAGCCUCGGGAAUUGCUGGUUCGUGGCGGCCGCCUCCUGCCUGGCCAGCGAGCCCAGCAUCUGGAAGAAGGUCAUCCCCAACCCCCGGGAGCAGGAUUGGGACCCUCGCCGGCCACACGCCUAUGGCGGCAUCUUCCGCUUCCGCUUCUGGCGCUGGGGCAGCUGGACGGAGAUUGUGGUGGACGACCGCCUGCCCUGCCGCCACGGACAGCUCCUCUUCUGCCGCUCGGCCGAGCCUCGCGAGUUCUGGAGCGCCCUCUUGGAGAAGGCCUACGCCAAGCUGAAUGGGUGCUAUGAGGCCCUGGAGGGCGGGAACACGGCUGAGGCGCUGGUGGACUUUUCGGGGGGCAUUUCGGAGCCCCUGGUGCUGGACGAGGGGGGCUUUGGCACGGACCCCGAGAAGCGGAAGGAGCUUUUCCAGCAGCUGAAGAAAGCCCACGCCCGAGCGGCUCUCGUCAGCUGCUCCAUCCGGUCCCUCCCUGGCGAGGGGCCCGAGGCCGAGCUGCCCUGCGGCCUGGUCCAGGGCCACGCCUAUGGGGUCACGGCGGUGAGGACCGUCCACCUGCGUCGGAGGAACCUCCUCGAGCUCUUCAAGGUCAAGAAGCUGCAGCUGAUUCGCAUGAGGAACCCCUGGGGGACAGUGGAAUGGAACGGGGCCUGGAGCGACAAGUCCCCAGAAUGGCAGAAGGUGAGCCAGAGAAACCGGAAGCAAAUGGGGGUCACUGUCCGGGACGAUGGCGAAUUCUGGAUGAGCUUUGAGGACUUCUGCGCCCAUUUCACAGACGUUGUCAUCUGCCGUCGCAUGAACACGGCGAGGCUGAGCUGCCGGCGGAGCUGGGUGGAGGGUCUGCAGUUUGGGGAGUGGGACCCCCAGAAGAGGCGGGCAGGGGGCUGCCUCAACCACCGGGACACCUUCCUGGAGAAUCCCCAGUUCUUCUUUGAUGUGUCUGGACUUCGAGACUCAGUCCUGAUCUCCUUGCAGCAGGAAGACACCCGUCAGCUCCGGGGGUCUGGCUCUGGGGGGCACAACCUCCCCAUUGGCUUCGAGCUCUUCAGCGUGGAGCAGAACCGGACUUGGCGCCUGCAUCGCAUCCCGCCCCGAAUGGCUGGCUCCACCUACAUCAACUCCCGCAGUGUCCUGCUCCGGGCGGAGGUGCCCGGGGGUCGCUACGCCCUCCUGCCCACGACCUUCGACCCCGGCCAGAGCAGCGCCUUCCUCCUGCGGAUCUACAGCGAGCGCCCAGCCAGGCUGCGGGCCAUCAACCGCAAUGACCCCCCACUUCCACGCUGCAGCUGCUGCUCCGGAUCCCACCAGCUCAUCACCUCCGUCUGGGUUCAUCGGGCCGUGGGGCUGGCGCUCCCCAACUCCAGCAAAGCCCCAGAUGUCUACGUGAAGCUCUGCGCCGAAGGGCAGGCGGUGCGAUCCUGCCUCCACAAGGCCACCUCCAGCCCCGACUUCAACUUCAAGGCCGUCUUCUGCCGCCGGCGCCCGCGGAAGCCCAUCCGCAUCGAGGUGUGGGCCAGGCGGUUCCUGCGCAGCACCCGGCUGGGGUACGUCAAAGUCUUGGCUGCGGAGAUGCCCCCAGACGCUGGCAGCGGGCAGGUGCUGCGGCUGCAAGGGGGACCCCCUGCCUGCCCUCCGGGCUCCAUCCUCGUGGAGACCUCCACCAGCUCAGACCUCCUGGCUCUGUGAGCUCGGCCAAGGAGCCCUCUGUGGGUGCCAGGGAGUGCAUUGGGUGACCGCCUAGGGGUGGGCGCACCCUUUCCCCGGAGGCCCCCUCUCCCGAAGAACGUGGAGCUGUCGGCACACAGGCAAGGACCACCGUCCUUCUGCUCAAAACGAAGGAGCCGUACUGCUUGUUGUCAUUUAUUUCUGCAGAAGUUUUUUGAAAUAUUUCAUUUUAUAACAUGUACAUAAAACGGAGAGAACGGUUGCAGCAGCCGUGGGAAACGAAAUGGUAAAAGGGGCACAUGGGACGCGUCUGGUUGCGCACGGGUGGAAAUGGAAGGAAAUUCUUGCCGUGGAUUUCUGUCCUGACGAGGUCCAAGGAAAGGCAGUUGAUUGUCAAGUCCAGUUACCGGGACUUGUCCACCACCUUCCGAGGGAGACUGUUCCCCUCUUGGAUGCCGCAAACGGAAAAGGGAAACUAUAAACAUUGACAAAACCUCUCUUUGCUGGGCACCAGGAAUGUAGCCAUGAAGCUUUGAGCUUCUGGAACUUCUAUUUGCUGCUUUCAAAUGCUGGUGGAGAAUUGUGGCGCACUUCAAAUUUUAUAUUCUGCUUUAAUAAAGUCUUCUAAACCCAGCAGGAUCUGUAAAAACCCAGCUACACCUACAGUGUACAGAGUAGAAAAUUAACAGAGUUUGAACCUAGGGAGGAUGUUGGCUUUGUGGCUGGGAGGCUGGAGAGCGGCUGGCUGGGGGCAGGGUAACCCCCCCCCCGGAAAGAGCAGGUUUUUGGGGUGCUCAUGGACCCCUCUCUGUCACGCUCAAGAACCCUCCAUGGCUAGGAGCACAUUUUCCCAGCUACAGCUGCUGUUAUAAGAAUUUUCCAUCAAUCAAUCAAUAUACUUUAUUCGACCGAUAGUCAGAAACAAAAAAACAUUUCUCAACACAAAGAUAAACAUAUAAAACUGAAGGCAUCAGAGGGAUACAUAAAAAUAUAAAAAUAUAAGACAGAAGGCAUCAGAGGGAUACAUAAAAAUAUAAAAAUAUAAAACUGAAGGCAUCAGAGGGAUACAUAAAUGGGGUAUGACCGCGCUACUAAACCUCCUACAGGUAACCCACAUCAAGACAUUCGAUUAUACGUUUCCGACACUUGAGCGCCAGGAAGAGGAAUUUAGCCACUGAGAAGGUUAUUUUCCCAGUGGGCUUGUUUAGCAAAUAUGCUGCCUGCCGUUCUCUUGGUCGGGAACUAAACUGAGAUAAAUACGGGUCUAUAAGAUAUUGCCUUAAAUCAUUAUAAAAGGGACAACUCAGUAGAAUGUGUUCUGUGGAUUCUACCUCACCCAAGGCACAAUGGCACAUUCUCUGACCGUAUGGGACUCCUCCAAAUCUUCCCCUCAAAACCGCUGAAUCAAGGACAUUCAGUCUAGCCACAGUAAUUAGUAUUCCACGUAGUGGAUAUCCGCCAGGUAACGGGCUGGUGCAGACCGAUACACCUGCUCCCCUAAAAACAUCCCAGAUUUCACGCGGGCUAUGUCCUCCUGUCUGGCGAUAUCCCCCAAUCUCUGAGCGAUCACCACUUUAGCACGGCUGUACGUCAUGGACUCAAUAUAAAGGGAGGACAGACCGCACUUUUGCACUUCCUCUACCACUUCCCUUUCCCAUGGAGAUUUAAAAUUAUCCCAAGAAUCAGGGGGGCCAAACCCAUUGGUCUGAAACAUAGUUUGAGCCAUAGCCAUAAUUUCGCUUUCAGGGCCACAUACCUAAAGGCUUGGCAACCGGUCUCCAAUCUCAUGAUCGCACCCGCAACAGAAGGGGGGAUCCUGACAAUGGCCCCUUAUAAGAAUUUUAAGGUCCCAAAUAUAAAAUAAAUGUUCAUAAAUGUACU